UGCAGAGUGAAACAUUCGGAGAUUCGUAUCCAAAUACUGUGCUCACCCUCUGAGUAUAUGUGGAGCUCAAGCGACACUUCUAUGAGAAUCCCCGUUGAACGGCUAGACGAAGUUUGGUUGUUUUCCUAAACCGGGGGUGCUGGGGAAAAUCGAGGCGAGAGAGAGGGGGGGCGAAAAAUGGUUUUAAAUAACCUCCCGUGCGUCCUGGUUUCACUGUGCUUGAUUUUUUUUUCGUCUAACGUUACUCCAUGUAAAGCUCGGAUUUACACCAACCACUGGGCUGUUCGGAUAGCCGGUGGACCUGAACAAGCGGAACACAUCGCCAACAAAUAUGGGUAUAGAAACCUGGGCCAGAUUGGUGAUCUAAAGGACUACUACCAUUUCUUCCACAGUCGGACAAUAAAAAGAUCGACACUAUUCAGCAGAGGCAUGCACAGCUUCAUCUCCAUGGAACCAAAGGUGGAGUGGGUGCAACAGCAGGUUGUAAAAAGGAGAAUAAAGAGAGAUUAUAAACCCUCAUAUCCUGGUACUGUUCAAUCCAGUAUGGGCCAGCCCAACUCCAUUUUCUUCAAUGAUGCUAAAUGGAGCAGUAUGUGGUAUAUACACUGUAAUGAUAACAUGCAUAACUGUCAGUCUGACAUGAAUAUUGUGGGUGCAUGGAAGAGAGGCUACACAGGGAAGGAUGUGGUGGUUACGAUUCUAGAUGACGGUAUUGAGAGGAACCACCCAGAUCUCAUACAGAACUAUAGGCAUGGCACGAGGUGUGCUGGUGAAGUAGCAGCAUCUGCCAACAACUCCCACUGCACGGUGGGCAUCGCUUAUAAUGCCAAGAUUGGCGGUGUCCGGAUGUUGGAUGGAGAUGUUACAGACAUGGUAGAGGCCAAAUCACUGAGUCUACACCCUCAGCACAUAGAUAUUUACAGUGCCAGCUGGGGUCCAGAUGAUGAUGGUAAAACUGUGGAUGGCCCUGCUUCCCUUGCCAGACAGGCCUUUGAAAAUGGCAUCAGAUUGGGCAGGAAGGGACGGGGCUCAAUAUUUGUGUGGGCAUCUGGAAAUGGUGGCCGGAGUCGUGAUCACUGUUCAUGCGACGGUUACACUAACAGCAUCUACACAAUAUCCAUCAGCAGCACAGCAGAGAGUGGCCGCAAGCCCUGGUAUCUUGAAGAGUGUUCCUCGACCCUUACCACCACCUACAGCAGUGGAGAAAAUUAUGAUCGCAAAAUUAUCACUACAGAUUUGAGACAGCGUUGCACAGACAGUCACACUGGAACAUCAGCAUCAGCUCCAAUGGCAGCAGGGAUCAUUGCUCUUGCUCUGGAAGCCAAUCCUUUCCUGACAUGGCGAGAUGUACAACACAUUGUAGUGAAGACAUCCCGUGCUGGCCAUCUCAGUGCUCCUGACUGGAAAACUAAUGCAGCUGGUUAUAAUGUCAGUCACCUAUAUGGCUUUGGGCUGAUGGAUGCAGAAGCUAUGGUGAAGGAGGCAGAGCACUGGAAACAGGUUCCACUACAGCACAUUUGUGUGGAAAAUGCAGAUAAACAAAUCAGAACCAUCCGCCCAGAGCAUGUUGUUCGUUCCGUGUACAAGGCAACAGGCUGCACUGAUAAUGCAAAUCAUCAUGUCAUUUAUCUGGAGCAUGUUGUUGUACGUAUAACAAUUACACACCCGCGACGAGGAGACCUGUCCAUCAACCUAACCUCGCCAUCAGGGACAAAGUCACAGCUACUUGCUAACAGGCUGUUUGAUCACUCAAUGGAAGGCUUCAAAAACUGGGAAUUCAUGACAACCCACUGCUGGGGCGAGAAAGCGGCUGGAGACUGGAUAUUAGAGAUCUAUGACUCUCCUUCACAGCUCAGGAGCCAGAAAGCACCAGGCAAACUAAAAGAGUGGUCACUGGUUCUUUAUGGUACCUCAACACAUCCAUACUCAUUCCGUAGUGACAAGCCUCGCUCAUUGGCAGAGUCUCAGCCCGAUGAUGAGUACAGUGAGGAAUAUGUGGGCACCUGCCACCCUGAGUGCGGUGAGAAUGGCUGUGAGGGGCCAGGCCCUCAGCAGUGCAUUACCUGCCUCCACUACUUCCUCAAGUUCAAGAACAAUACCAGGAUGUGUGUACCUGAGUGCCCACCUGGGUUUUUCCGGGAUGAUAAGAAGCGCUGUAAGAAGUGCUUUCCACUGUGCGAGUCUUGCAUUGGCAGCCGCAGUGAUCAGUGUUCCACCUGCCGUCCAGGUCUCUAUCUUGUGGAGGGAGGCAAUAACUGCAUCAGCUCUUGUCCUGAUGGCUUCUACUUGGAUCUGGAAUCCAUCAUGUGCCGAAAAUGCAGCAGCAACUGCAAGAACUGUCUCUCAGCAAAUAUCUGCACAGAAUGCCAACCUGGUCUUAGUCUACAGGGGAAUAAGUGUCAGCUGAGCUGUGAACCUGGCACCUAUUAUAAUGGGCACCGAAGGGCAUGUGAAAAAUGCCACUCUACUUGUGCCACCUGUGCAGGAACUGGCUUGGAAGCAUGCAAUGAGUGUGCUCUAGGCUUUUACUUUGAGGAAUGGCGUUGUGUCUCCAGCUGCAGUGUGGGAUAUUACUUGGCAGAACAAACAGCUGACAAUGGAGAUGUUCAAAAGUCCUGCCAAAAGUGUAAUCCCACCUGCUAUGCCUGUUCAGGGCCAGGGGACAGAAACUGCAGCAGCUGCGUGAAUGGCUAUAACCUGGAAAAUGGUGUGUGUGUCAUCAGCACCGUCUGCAAAGAUGCAAAUGAAGAAUCGUGGGCUGAGGGAAGUUUCUGUGUGCUAGUGAAAAAGAACAAUCUGUGCCAGAGGAAAGUUCUUCAGCAGCUGUGCUGUAGAACAUGUUCUCUAAAGGGCUAAAGGAACAUUUCCAGCCUCAUCUGUGGCUCACGUUCUGCUAAUUUAUAUUCCAGUCGGGAGCCUCAAAUAUGGGACUACAUCUUAAGGUUUCUCAAUGCCAGAACUACAACAAACCUACCUUUAUCUUUGUGUGUGUGUGUGUGUGUGUGUGUGUGUGUGUGUGUGUGCGUGUGUGUGUGUGCGUGUGUGUGUGUGUGCGUGCGUGCGUGCGUGCGUGCGUGUAUAUGUGUAUUUGUGUGUGUGUGUGUAUGUGUGUGUGUCUUUCUGUGUCUCUGUCUUUGUGUGUUGACAGAAACUUUCAUUGUGGUGUGACUGAGAUCAGUAAUAAACAGCAAAUCAUACAUGUCAGUAUUUUGUGACCAAA